AUGGCUGAAGGCCCUUUUGUAAAUGAGCUUUCUCACACAGAGCCCAGACCAGAGGAACAAAACUCGGAGAAUGAUGUGGGCAAGAGGAAAAGACAAAAAGUACAAGCCCGCAGACCUUUAUCCAACUCAAACUCUCAGCCAAACAGGAAGGGGAGAGCAAAGGCAGGGCGGAGAGAACCCCACCGACUGCAGGCCCAAACUGGCAGUGUCCAGGAAAGGGGAGAGUGCCCCAUUUGUGCAGGCUCCUUCAGCGCUGAGAUUCUUCCCCAGCAUGCUGCCACCUGUGGAGAGACCUCCCCUCCUCACCUCGUCUCUCCCUCCUCAUCGCCGCCUUCAUCGCCAUCUGUGCUGUGGGUGUCCUCAGAGAGCUCAUCACCCGUGUCCUGGAUCCAGUGCCCUAUCUGCCAGCUGCAUUUCUCAGCAGGAGAAGUAGAGGAACACGCCAGCAUGUGUGGAGAGGCCCCUCAGGCAUGA